GCGCCGCCGAGUCUGCGGGAAAAGCCCCGGCUCCCGCCCGCUGUCCAGCCCGGAGCCCCGGGGAGCCGCUCAGAGUUAUGUCAUGCCCAGACCACCACAGGGCUCCAUGAGGAUUUAUAGAAGAUGCCCCGGGUCUUGGCGCCUCUGGUGCUCCUUCUGGUGUGGCUAAUGAAGAUCGCCGCCAGCCCCCACUCCCUGAGGAUCGCCGCCAUUUUGGAUGACCCGAUGGAGUGCAGCAGAGGGGAGAGGCUGUCCAUUACUCUAGCGAAGAAUCGUAUUAACCGUGCACCAGAGCGAGCGGGGAAAGCCAAAGUGGAGGUGGACAUUUUUGAGCUGCUGAGAGACAGCGAAUAUGAGACAGCUGAAACCAUGUGCCAGAUUCUUCCGAAAGGGGUGGUAGCCGUCCUGGGACCUUCAUCGAGUCCGGCCUCAAGCUCUAUUAUCAGCAACAUCUGCGGGGAGAAAGAGGUCCCUCAUUUCAAAGUUGCCCCAGAGGAAUUCCUCAAGUUCCAGUUCCAGCGAUUCACCACCUUGAACCUCCACCCCAGCAACACCGACAUCAGCGUGGCCGUAGCUGGGAUCCUGAACUUCUUUAACUGCACCACUGCCUGCCUCAUCUGUGCCAAAGCGGAAUGCCUUUUAAACCUAGAGAAGUUGCUUCGUCAGUUCCUUAUCUCGAAGGACACCCUCUCGGUCCGGAUGCUGGAUGACAGCCGGGACCCUACCCCACUCCUAAAAGAAAUCAGAGACGACAAAACUGCCACCAUCAUUGUCCAUGCGAAUGCCUCCAUGUCCCACAUCAUCCUCCAGAAGGCAGCUGAACUGGGAAUGGCGUCAGCCUAUUACACGUAUAUCUUCACUAACCUGGAGUUCUCGCUCCAGCAAUUGGACAGCUUUCUGGAUGACCGGGUUAACAUCCUGGGAUUUUCCACCUUCAACCAGUCUCAUGCUUUCUUCCAAGAAUUUGUCCAGAGCCUCAACCUGUCGUGGCAGGAGAACUGUGAUCACGCUCCCUUUACUGGGCCGGCCCUCUCCUCUGCCUUGUUGUUUGAUGCCGUUUAUGCCGUGGUGACAGCGGUGCAGGAGCUAAACCGGAGCCAGGAGAUUGGUGUGAAACCACUGUCCUGUGGAUCCGCACAGAUCUGGCAACAUGGCACCAGCUUGAUGAACUACCUGAGAAUGGUAGAAUUGGAAGGUCUCACCGGCCACAUCGAAUUCAACAGCAAAGGUCAGCGGUCGAACUACGCCCUGAAAAUCCUGCAGUACACACGACGUGGCUUCAGACAGAUUGGCCACUGGCAUGUUUCUGAAGGACUUACCAUGGAUAACAGAAUCUUCUCCUCCAACAUAUCGGAUACUCUCUUCAACACCACUCUCAUCAUCACCACCAUCCUGGAAAACCCUUAUUUAAUGCUGAAGGAGAACCACCAGGCGCUGGAGGGGAAUGACCGCUAUGAAGGCUUCUGCGUAGACAUGUUGAAGGAGCUGGCGGAGAUCCUGCACUUCAACUACAAGAUCCGCCUGGUUGGUGACGGGGUGUAUGGCGUGCCCGAGGCAAACGGCACCUGGACUGGAAUGGUCGGAGAGCUCAUUGCUCGGAAAGCCGAUUUGGCAGUGGCUGGCCUGACAAUCACGGCUGAACGGGAGAAGGUGAUUGAUUUCUCUAAACCUUUCAUGACUUUGGGAAUUAGCAUUCUCUACCGAGUUCAUAUGGGGCGCAAACCUGGCUACUUCUCUUUCCUGGACCCCUUUUCUCCUGGUGUCUGGCUCUUCAUGUUACUUGCCUACCUGGCUGUCAGCUGUGUCCUCUUCCUGGUUGCUCGACUGACGCCAUACGAGUGGUACAGCCCCCACCCCUGCUCACAAGGGAGGUGCAAUCUCCUAGUGAACCAGUACUCUCUCGGCAACAGCCUGUGGUUUCCAGUCGGGGGUUUCAUGCAGCAAGGAUCUACUAUUGCCCCUCGAGCUCUGUCCACACGAUGCGUCAGUGGAGUCUGGUGGGCAUUCACCUUGAUCAUCAUCUCCUCUUACACGGCCAACCUGGCAGCCUUUCUGACCGUGCAGCGGAUGGAUGUGCCCAUAGAAUCGGUGGAUGACCUGGCCGACCAGACAGCUAUUGAGUACGGCACCAUUCACGGAGGCUCCAGCAUGACCUUUUUCCAGAAUUCCCGUUACCAGACGUACCAGCGGAUGUGGAAUUACAUGUACUCCAAGCAGCCAAGCGUGUUCGUGAAGAGCACGGAGGAAGGGAUCGCAAGGGUGCUGAAUUCCAACUACGCUUUCCUGCUGGAGUCCACCAUGAACGAGUAUUACCGUCAGCGCAAUUGCAACCUCACGCAGGUCGGGGGCCUUCUGGACACCAAGGGCUACGGGAUUGGCAUGCCAGUCGGCUCCAUAUUCCGAGAUGAAUUCGACCUGGCCAUUCUCCAGCUGCAAGAGAACAACCGCCUGGAAAUCUUGAAGCGAAAGUGGUGGGAAGGGGGCAAGUGCCCCAAAGAGGAAGACCACAGAGCCAAAGGUCUGGGAAUGGAGAAUAUUGGUGGAAUCUUCGUGGUUCUCAUAUGUGGUUUAAUCGUAGCAAUUUUGAUGGCAAUGCUGGAAUUUUUGUGGAGCGUACGGCACUCUGAACAGACAGAGGUGUCUGUCUGCCAGGAGAUGGUGACAGAGCUGCGCAGUAUCAUCCUCUGCAAAGACAGUUUCCACCCUCGGCGAAGGCGAGCGGGGAUGAUACGGACUCGGCCCAUUAUUGCCGAGGAACGUCGACCCCACAGUACAACCACUCUCAGCAACGGGAAACUAUGCGGCGGCGGUGAGCCAGACCCGCUGGCGCAAAGACUUGCACAAGAAGCUGCUCUGGUUGCCCGAGGCUGCACGCACAUUCGGGUGUGCCCGGAGUGUCGGAGGUUCCAGGGCCUCCGGGCGCGGCCAGCUCCGGGUUCACCUGCACAAAGCGAAGAGAGCUUGGAAUGGGAGAAAGCCACCAACAGCAGCGAACCUGAGUAGAGUAGGGCAGGGGUGGGCAAAGAAAUUCAUGUUCCAUUUUACAGAACAUGGACUUGUACAAUGUCAGACUCGUUUUUAAAUUAAAAGCAGUUAUCCAGCUCCUCGAGAGCAAGACAAACCUUCAGGCUGAGAGCCAGGCCCAGCCAGAGAUUUUUGGUACCUCUCCUAUCUAAGAGGACAUUCAUCCCACUUGGAUUCUGAACCACUAGGUGGAAGAUUCUCUGGUUGGCCUGUCUCCAGCAGCUUUCCCCCACCUCAAAAAUCUGGUUUUGGGGUGGGGAUGACACACACACAGGGCAAUUCAUCUACCAGAACUGCCCCAACUAGGGGGAAGUCUCAUUGUCAGAACUACCCCAUCCUAAGACAGGAAAAAAGGACACUAGUGUCAUCUGUCUUGAUCACACAGAUUCAGUAGGGAUGUUCUCUGGGAGAUAUUUUUAUUUGAUGGGGUGAGGGGAGGGGAAGAGAGGAGUAAUCUAUUAUAUUUUAUUUUAUUUUUGGUACAUCAGGGCCUGGAGGCUCCAGCACACCGGAUUUCAGGUGCUGAACUCUCCUUCCUUUGCAGCGACGUGGCAUGUGGGUGUGGAAGGGAGGGACAGGAGAUGACUCCCAAACAGAAGCAGCGGAUGAAAUGAAAGUCCAUUCAAGGAGAUAUUAAAAAUAAAAAUGCCAAAAAACAACCAACACGCACAGUGAAUUCAAAGAGGCCUUGAAACACCUGGAAUUUCAGGGGUUCUGUGUCUUUUUUGUUUGUUUUUUCUGUCAGGGAAGGUGUAUGUGUACAGUGAGUAGGAAGCAUCGAGGAAGGUUUCAUGGGCAGGUGCUGUCGGAUUCCAUAUGCUUUCUUAGGAACACUGCCCUUUCCCCCCAGCAGAGGGCAGUUGCACUUCCUACCCAUUGUCACGGGCUUCUGAAAGUACAGUUGUAGGCAUCAUGAUAGAAACAGGUGCUCAUAGGUACAGCACAUUCCCAUCCUAUGAACUCUUAACACUGUCCCCAGGCUCAAUAGCUGGGCCUGCGUGUGACGCAGGUGGCAUCUGGGAUCUGAGGGUUUCCUUGCUACCAAAUGUCCUUGAAUGAAGAACAUGGGGCAGGGAGGUCAGGCUCAACAGGAGAAUCACUCCGCGUCUUCAGUGAGAAAAACCUUCCUUCCAUCGCAGCAGCAGCAGCUUGCCCUCUGCUUGGUACAAAUGGGGGGUUUACAUUGAAGAGUUUAAUUUUCUGAUUGAAAAACAAAAUUCUAUGCAAUUUCUGAUUGUAAAAUAAAAAGGGGAGAAGAUAUGGGGGGUGGCGAUAAACACAGACCUUCAGCAAAGAUAUAUCCUGUUGUUGAAUUAUUUUCUUUCUUUCUUUUUUUUUCAAUGUACUGAAAUAAAAGAUGUCCUUGUACAAUUAUGAUCCCCCCCCCCCACACACACACACACUUUUAAAGCUUUGAGGCAGUUUGAGUCCCAGCGCUUGUGGGGGCAGCCCAACAGCACUCCCGGAGGAUCUGAGAGGUACUUCCAACCCGCUUGGUCUUCACUGCAGCAGGUUGCUGCUUUGGCCUUUGAAAACGUCUAGCUACUUGCAUAAUACCUAAAACCUCUGUCAUUGUCUGUAAUCAUUCCCAAAGAAAACAAAGCUGGGCAGGACACAUGGUCACUUUAGAAAAAACAACACAAUCCCCUUGGCCCUAUGCUGCAGUGAGAUCAGAACAACGCAAGCCACAGCCUCUUUUAAACCUGAUUGCUGGAAACAGGGGUCGAGCAUGGUUUCCCUGCACACAGGAUUCUCUGUAACAGAUCAGAUCAAUGGUCCACCUUGUCCAGUAACCUGUAGCCAGAUACUUUACAGGAGGGUAUAAAGAACUCCAGAGAAUGCAGAUACCUGCAAUGGGUACUGGAGAUUAUUACAGUCUCUCUUUUUGGCAGCACCCAAAAAAAAGAUACAAAGUAGGGAACAGUCCCUGCACUCAGUGAGGGUCUCUGGCCUGGGUUAUGCAGGGGGUCAGACUAGAUGAUCAUAAUGGUCCCUUCUGACCUCAGAAUCUAUGAAUCUGUGCAGAUCUCACAUUCUAAACAAACAGAGCUGAGAGGGUAGAGACAAGAUGAAAUGUACAUGUAGCGUGAGCAUGUGAGAAUUGGACACUUUCUGAUAAUACAAUGUUCCAGUAACAGGGCCAGCUCCUUAGGUGCUGUAAAUCAGAAUAAUUCCACUGACGACACUAGAGCUGUACUCAUUUACUCUGAGGAUCUGGCCCAUAAUGCUUUGGGGGUUCUUGUCUGGAAGCAGGAGGAGCAAGUCAAUUCAAGACUACCCCCAAAUACCCCAAAACCUUGCCACGGUCAGUCGGGGCGAGUUCCACGUUGACAUCAUAGAACUGAGUCUUCAGGAGAAGAGAGCAGUAGCUUUGUCGAGCGACUCAGGCAGGGCGUCCCAUGCCUGGGGGCAGUGUGGGAGAGGCAGACAAAAAGGACCAGGCUAGCAGGAUAGCAGGGAUGGGGAUUCAGGGGGGACUGGAAAAGAGACCAGACAGUAAUGGAGUAACCUGCCCUUAGGGUGACUAGACAGCAAGUGUGAAAAAUUGGGACAGGGGGUGGGGGGGUAAUAGGAUCCCCUAUAAGAAAAAGACCCAAAAAUUGGGACUGUCCCUAUAAAAUCAGGACAUCUGGUCACACCUACCUGCCCUUAGGGGAAGAUUUGUCCUAACCCCAUCAGAUAUUGUUGGCUUCUGCCCUCAGAAGGGACAUUUGGGUUGAUAACUGAUUAAAAUCUCUCUCAAACCAUUUAGCUAGCUGAUGGGGAGGAGGGAAAAACAAAAUCCCUUUCUUUCUUGGUCAGGGAAGCCAUGCUAGCAAUGUGUGUCGCAGCCAGCAUUCUUUUGAGCCAAAUGUGGACAGGGCCUAAGUCAGAGUUCUGCUCACUGUGUGCAGAGUGAGCCAGCCCCUCAAGUGGCGUACAUUAAUGGAGCUGUAUUUUGUCAGUGGAGUCAGGGGCAGCUACAUCAGCUGAGAGUUUGGAGCAAAGUCUGAGUGUAACCCCUGCCUGCUCAGUGUGACACUCCGGCCUCUCUCUCUAGUGGUGGGUAGGCCAGCUAGCAUUUGCAAAGCCUACUCCAGCUUUAGCUAAGAGAAAUGUGUCUGUCUGCUCAUGCGGUACAGGUACCUGCAUUUUGCUCAAGAGGUCCCAGGUUUGAGCCCUGCUGAUGACAUCCAAAAUGGUUGGUAUUACAAGUAAUAGCUCAUAUGGGGAAUUCAACUCGGGGAAGUCUAUGCAGUUAAAGAUGCACUUCCCGGCCUCGGGGGAGUAUGUAACUCCUGCUUACUUGUGUGGCACUCUGUCCCCUUAUAGCAGUGGCUAGGCUAAGUAGCUGUUAAGGAGCUUGCUAUAGCCUUGGUUAAAAAAAACAACUCCUUUAGCUCAAAAGGUCUCAGGUUUGAUCCCCCUCUGAUAUCCAAAGUAAUUAGCAUUAUAUUAGCCCCUAGCUAGAUUCCUGGGGUCAAAUCUUCCACAGAUGUAAAUCAGUACAGCUAAAUUGAUGUUAAUUGGGCCAGCUCAAUUUGCACAGAGUUGGCCCAGAUCCUCAAAGUUAUUUAGGCACCUAACAUCCACUGACUUCAAUAGAAGCUAGGAGCUUAAAUACUGUGGGGGAUCUGAGUCUUGGCAUCUAGCUAGACUCCUUGUACCAGCUCCUCCACUGGUGAAAGUCAGUGCCACUCCAUUAAAGCCAAUUGUGCUGAGUGGAUUUCUACCACCUGGGGAGGUGGGCCCUUGAUUUUAAAGCAAAUAGUGGCACCUCAUAGCACGCAUGCUACGAUUUGCCAGCGCAUUUUGCAUUCCUGACAACAACAUUGGAGACAUCAGAAAACCCCUUAUGUUUGUUUAAAGGCCAACAUGUUCUUACACGUGCCAGGCACUAUUCAUCAAAAGACACUCGCUUUUGAAAAUUUAUUUACAGAUUAGCAAAAGAAAAGAUUCCUGUCCAUCAUUUAUCAUAUCUGAUUUUUCCCCCCCGUUGCUGCAGUGAAUAAAGAGGGAACUUGACAGUGCCAGACAUUUUUCCUUUUGCUAUGCAGAGGGAAUCACCCAGGUGUCACUCAGGCUGAGGCCAUCAGGAAAAAUAAACCAGCCUGGUUCGCUCUUGAUUUGUCUUUACUUUUAUCUAUUUUUUGUCAGCUUCCCUUUCCCAGGCUGUAUUUUCUAUCUGAGUCUGUAUAUUGAGGGGUUGUUUUUUUUUGUUGUCUGAUCAGAUUGUUUACAAUAAAAAUAUAAAUAAAACCUUGAAAUAGUA